CCUAAUUUGCAUGCACCUUUUCCAGUGAUUACGUUACGCAGCGUUCGAACCUAUCAGAUACGAGGAACUCUGAAUCCUUCAUUUGCAUACGGGACGUAUAAAUACAGUUGCUCGGGCCGCACGUUCUUUUUGUUUGGAGAGACUUGCCAUCAUGCCUGAUCCGUCUAAAUCGGCACCCGCGCCCAAGAAGGGCUCCAAGAAGGCCGUCACCAAAGCGCAAAAGAAGGACGGCAAGAAGCGCAAGCGCAGCCGGAAGGAGAGCUACUCCAUCUACGUGUACAAGGUGCUGAAGCAGGUGCACCCCGACACCGGCAUCUCGUCCAAGGCCAUGGGCAUCAUGAACUCGUUUGUCAACGACAUCUUCGAGCGCAUCGCCAGCGAGGCCUCUCGCCUGGCGCAUUACAACAAGCGUUCGACCAUCACGUCCCGCGAGGUGCAGACGGCUGUGCGCCUGCUGCUGCCGGGCGAACUGGCCAAGCACGCUGUGUCGGAGGGCACCAAGGCCGUCACCAAGUACACCAGCUCCAAGUGAGGCGCGCCGGGCGCCCUGGAACCCAAAGGCUCUUUUCAGAGCCACCCACAUAAUCGAAAAAGGGUUUCGAACACGGUGAAGGGUUGUCCUGUGAAUCAGUUCCGUUCUGUGCACCUUA